CCUCCUUCUUCCCCCCAAUUUGUCUACAUGUGUACUAUUCACAGCUGCAUGACCCCCAUUGAUUGAUCAAUUGAUCGCUCCGCCUCUAUCUAAUUAGUGCUGUGCAAUUCGGCUCGGAUAGCUUUCUUCCUCUCCCUUCCGCACCUUAUUCCCUUACAUUUGACUCUCUCUCUCUCUCUCUCUUCCUUUCUGCUUGGGUGGCGUGCACAUGCACACGAACCCCCCGGUACCUUACAGAUUAUCUCCUCCCACACUUGCACGUCGCUUUCCUGUGUGAUCGAUCGACUUUCCCGGCAUCAUGUUUGGGUGGUCUGGUUCGCUGGGCCUUCCGGUGAGCGCAGCACCGGAGAAAGAGCGCUGCCCACCGUCUGCCCCCACACAGCUCGACUUCCCUGUUUACCACGUCCCCGAUCUCGCAGAAAAUGGGUCCAAAACCUCCUUGGCCAGGCUCAACGAAGUGCUAGCCUCCAUCCGACGGCCGCAAGAUAUCAACCCCCAGAAGUUCGAGGCCUUGAAUCUGAGGCUGGAAUCAGAUGUCCCUGCCGCUCGCAUUGUCCGUCAAUCGGGACCGAAAACGGCCCCUCCACUACCAUGGGAAAAUAUGUCGGCCAGAUCCUCCCCGGUAGAUGAAGAUGGCACUCCUAUUUUGAUGGACAAUGAGAACCCAUACCCCUCUCGAGACCGUUUCGAACUGCUACAGAGUGAAUUACUGCUCGAUAACGAUGACGCAUUUAGAGAGGUGGCUAGACUGCCUCCUCAGGAAGGACGGGAUCGAGUUAGGGUCACACACACACGAAAGUUUUGGACGGGAUUGGAGCGCAUGGCUCAGUACUGGGAUACCAGCUUGGAUGAUUACUUCGAGCGCCCGGCCUCUCCGCCACCUAAUGAGGGCGAUGAACACAUGCAGAUGGACGAGGAACCACAAGCAUUGAAAUAUCCUGACGUUCCAGAGAUUCGCAUGGAUGUGGACGGUGGGACCCCGGAAGAAGAACUGGCAGACACCCCGUCAGGUUCUCGGGACCCGGAACCAGAGAUUGUGACUCGAUACAAAGGUCGUCGUAUCGGCUCAGGGAGUGAAAUGCCGGAAGAUGCGCGCGACGAAACCAUUCGAGCAUUGACGGAGAUGGCUGCCUGGCCCUUUGGCUGUCAGGUCGCCCUGCCAAUUGCUCCCCCCAAGUUAGUCGCCAAAACGGUGCUCUUCCCAGUCCGACAGACCUUUGUGGCCGCUCGAUCUCCCAAAGAUCGACAGCUGGCCCGUAGUGGUGUCAUGGAAGGGCCCGUAUUCACGGCCCAGUGUCGACCUGAAACUUCAUUUCGAGGACCCGAAGACACCCCCGGUGAAAGCGUCGGCGAUGUGUGUGAUCUGCUCCGCGAAGUGGGUGCCAUGCUCCUGACCGCACAGGAACGCGCCCGACAGGGAGCCACUGAAGUCAGACCAGGGGAAGGUCAGUGGUGGACGACAGUGCCGCGGUGGGGUGGUGCGCCAAAUCAUGCUGAUGGCGAUGGUCAUGGGCAAGGUGAAGAUGAUGCGUCUUCAGUGGAGCUGGGAAAUGCUCGCAAGCGUCAUCAAAUUGAGCAUCCGUUCCUCGCAUUGCGUCGGCCAAGCUUGGUCCGUAAACUGAGCAACAAUUCCAAGUGGAAGAUCGUGGAGCCUGGUCCCAGUCUCUGGGAUAGGCGGAUGAGGUACAUCCAGAUUGGGAAGCCCAUUGAGAGUCCCUUCGAUGAUAUCUAUAUGCUAUCAUCUAUCAACCACCAUCUUGCAAUUCUGCACCUGCGUGUACAUCGGCGAUAUCUCGAAAUGAUUACCCACGGGCGCAGCGACUUCCCACCAGUUUCCGACGGUGACCAGCCAUGGCAGGUUCUCCAGCUACGACGGACCAAGUGGUACGAUUUGUUCGACGCCGAAGAUCGACUUGAAGUGUUCAAGGGAAUCUGGGGCACCUUUCAUUAUCUUUUACGGCAACAACCGUCCCCUUUCCAACAUCUCAACUGAUAAAUGUUUUCCGUGUGUGCAUUUCUAUGAUAUCCAGAUCUAGCCUUCAGAUCUAGCCUUCUCUGCUCUUCAUUUCUCGUCCAUACCCGGUCAAAUUUGACGAUGGACAUUGCGACAGCGUUUAUCUGGACAGAUGUCUUAUCAUGACCCCCUUGCAUCCUAUCAUCAUAUAUAGAUGGCAAGACUAUAGACACCGAUAGAAAGCAUACAAAUUGUCCCUAUGAUAUUUUUUGA